ACCAGAGCAACAAUAAAUUCCCGCCAAUUUUCGAGCAUAUUGCAUUUUUUUUUGCGGGAAACUAUACAUUUUUGAGAUAUGGUUGCAACGCCAAAAAAACAUGAUCCCGAACAGGAGGCCGACCUGUCGCCGGUUGAUAAAAUGGACCCACCAAUUGAGCAGCACGCGCCUGUCAAUCGCGAUGAGAUGCAGUACCUGGAUCUUCUGAGGCAGAUCAUCGCCAAUGGGGAGCAGCGGAUGGACCGCACGCAGGUGGGCACGCUGUCCUUGUUCGGCAGUCAAAUGCGCUUCGACAUGCGACAGUCCUUUCCACUGCUGACCACCAAGCGGGUCUUCUUCCGCGCUGUGGCCGAGGAGCUGCUGUGGUUCGUGGCGGGCAAGACGGACGCCAAGUUGCUGCAGGCGAAGAACGUGCACAUCUGGGACGGGAACAGCACCAGAGAGUUUCUGGACAAGCUGGGGUUCACGGAACGCGCAGUUGGCGAUCUGGGCCCGGUGUACGGCUUCCAGUGGCGGCAUUUCGGGGCGGAGUACGCCACCUGCGACGACGACUACAGCGGCAAGGGAAUCGAUCAGCUGCGCCAGGUGAUCGACACCAUCAAGAAUAACCCCUCAGAUCGGCGCAUCAUCAUGUCGGCUUGGAAUCCGCUGGAUAUCCCGAAGAUGGCCCUGCCUCCGUGUCACUGCCUGGCGCAGUUUUACGUCUCCCAGACGCGCGGUGAGCUGUCGUGUCAGCUCUACCAGAGGAGCGCCGAUAUGGGCCUGGGCGUGCCAUUCAACAUCGCCUCCUAUGCCCUGCUCACCCACAUGAUCGCCCAUGUGACGGGUCUGAAGCCGGGCGACUUUGUCCACACCAUGGGCGACACGCACGUCUACCUGAACCAUGUCGAGCCGCUGAAGGAGCAGCUGCAGCGCACACCGCGACCCUUUCCCAAGCUGAUCAUUAAGCGUCAGGUGCAGGACAUCGAGGAUUUCCGCUUCGAGGACUUUGAGAUAGUCGACUACAAUCCAUAUCCCAAGAUCAAAAUGGACAUGGCCGUGUAGGCGUCUUUGAAAGUAAAAGUUAUGCCUUAGUUGAGUAGCAGCUUUUCAGGUUAACGUAGGAAAAGAAGGCAUGCUAAAUUCAACAAAAAUUCCUUACCAUAUAUAUAUAAAUUAUUAUUAUCGAAUACAAUAAAUAUCACCAGUGAAAUAUUUUUUAAACACAUCAUUUCAUAGCUUUAUUUGAAUAAAUUUUUGCUUUCAUUCAUCGUGUGUAGUGUGUGUUUGUUGUUUGUAAAUUCUCAGAGUAAUCCAUAAUGAAGUAUAAUUGAUUCUUAAUAAAUCUUGCACAGAGUAUACCAUAAAUAUGCUAUAUAAAUUUGCUUGACAUUUUCCGCACUUAA